GUGGAAAAAACGACGAAAUUCAAUUGCGGUAAAGUAUAAUCAGAUGUAGGUAUAAAUCUGUAGUAUAAAAUUUAAUUAAUUCGAUGAAAAUGAAUUCGAUUAUAGCAGCGACAACAGGCAACAUUAUCAGUUUUUCCGCGGGAACGGCGAUAACAUGGGCGUCUCCGGAAAUCGAAAAAUUAAAAAGCUCGACCAUGGCUGUAUCGGACGGGCAAGGAUCUUGGGUCAACUCGCUGUUUUUGCUAGGAGCCAGUUUCGGCCCUUUCCUUUUCGGUUAUCUAGCGGACAAAAUCGGCAGGAAGAAGACUCUGGUAUCGAUGGGAUGUCCCAUGGCGAUGGGAUUCGUCGUUAUGGCACUCGUUAAAGUUGUGCAAGUUUUUUACGCGGCUAGAUUCGUAAUUGGAUUAGCGGUCGGGGGACUUUUCACCGUAAUGCCGAUGUACAUUGGAGAAAUAGCCGAUAGCUCCAAUAGGGGAACCCUAUCCGGAAUACUCAACAUUCUUUUAUGCAUGGGGAUGUUAUUUUCCUAUUGCGUCGGACCCUACGUCGAUAUAUUGACUUUUAAUCUAAUUCUGGGCGUAAUUCCCGCGAUUUUCAUGCCUUUAUUUUCGUUGUUUUCCGUCGAAAGUCCGAGAUAUUUGAUCGGUAAAAACGAAAUCGACGAAGCCAAGAAAAACCUUCGGUGGUUGAAAGGUAACGAUGACGAUGUCAAUACCGAAAUAGCCGCUAUCGAAAAAGCGAUAUCCGAAGAAGGUAACGGAGGCAUUGGCGAUUUAUUUAAAUCGUCCGGUAACGUCAGGGCUUUGAUAAUAGCUAGCGGUUUGAUAUUCUUUCAACAAUUUUCCGGUAUCAACGCCGUUUUAUCGAACGCUCAAAAUAUAUUUAAACAAGCCAAAACUCCUGUGGACGCUUCCGUUUGCUCGAUGCUGGUAGGAGCGGUCCAAUUGAUAUCCAGCGGUUUGUCUAUGGUCUUAAUAGAUAGGUUAGGUCGCAAAUUGUUACUACUCGGUUCCGGUUUAGGCGUGGUACUAUCCGAGGUGCCUUUGGGAGUGUACAGCGUUCUGAGGGAUCGAGAUAUCGAUGUCGGUUCUAUAUCUUUCCUCCCGAUUGUUUCUCUCGUAGUUUUCAUUCUAACUUACAACGUCGGUUUGGGGUCUUUGCCGUGGACCGUUAUGGGGGAAUUGUACCCGUCGAAUAUCAAAUCUAUCGGUUCGUCGGUAACCGCUUCGUUUUGUUGGAUGUUGGGUUUUUUGAUCGUUUAUUUUUUUAAUAGUUUGAUCGAACGUUUCGGUUUGGGAACGUGUUUUUUCAUUUUUUCCGCGUGUUCGGCUUGUUCUGUUUUAUUCGUUCAGUUCUAUUGCAUCGAAACUAAAGGGAAAACCUUGGAGGAGAUCCAGAAAGAGCUCAACGCUUGAAAAAUUAUUUAAUUAACUGUUUUCGACGAUCGUACAGUCAAAUUUUGUUAAAUAUUCGGAAAUAAAUUGAUUUUUGUUCAACAAAAUUAAAUAAUCUGUUUGAUUUGACACGCGACGUAUGACGUUUGACGUGUUGUUCGAUUUGACGCAUGAAGUAUGACGUUUAAAGUGAUUUUAUGAUUUAUGACGUUUUAAAUGACGUGCAAGAGGUACAGAAAGAACUCAAAGCGUGAAAAAUUAUUUGAUUAACUGUUUUCGACGAUCGUACAGUCAAAUUUUGUUAAAUAUUCGGAAAUAAAUUGAUUUUUGUUCAACAAAAUUAAAUAAUCUGUUUGAUUUGACACGCGACGUAUGACGUUUGACGUGUUGUUCGAUUUGACGCAUGAAGUAUGACGUUUAAAGUGAUUUUAUGAUUUAUGACGUUUUAAAUGACGUGCAAGAGGUACAGAGAGAACUCAAAGCGUGAAAAAUUAUUUGAUUAACUGUUUUCGACGAUCGUACAGUCAAAUUUUGUUAAAUAUUCGGAAAUAAAUUGAUUUUUGUUCAACAAAAUGAAAUAAUCUUUUUGAUUUGACACGCGACGUAUGACGUUUGACGUGUUGUUCGAUUUGACGCAUGAAGUAUGACGUUUAAAGUGAUUUUAUGAUUUAUGACGUUUUAAAUGACGUGCAAGAGGUACAGAAAGAACUCAAAGCGUGAAAAAUUAUUUGAUUAACUGUUUUCGACGAUCGUACAGUCAAAUUUUGUUAAAUAUUCGGAAAUAAAUUGAUUUUUGUUCAACAAAAUUAAAUAAUCUGUUUGAUUUGACACGCGACGUAUGACGUUUGACGUGUUGUUCGAUUUGACGCAUGAAGUAUGACGUUUAAAGUGAUUUUAUGAUUUAUGACGUUUUAAAUGACGUGCAAGAGGUACAGAAAGAACUCAAAGCGUGAAAAAUUAUUUGAUUAACUGUUUUCGACGAUCGUACAGUCAAAUUUUGUUAAAUAUUCGGAAAUAAAUUGAUUUUUGUUCAACAAAAUUAAAUAAUCUGUUUGAUUUGACACGCGACGUAUGACGUUUGACGUGUUGUUCGAUUUGACGCAUGAAGUAUGACGUUUAAAGUGAUUUUAUGAUUUAUGACGUUUUAAAUGACGUGCAAGAGGUACAGAGAGAACUCAAAGCGUGAAAAAUUAUUUGAUUAACUGUUUUCGACGAUCGUACAGUCAAAUUUUGUUAAAUAUUCGGAAAUAAAUUGAUUUUUGUUCAACAAAAUUAAAUAAUCUGUUUGAUUUGACACGCGACGUAUGACGUUUGACGUGUUGUUCGAUUUGACGCAUGAAGUAUGACGUUUAAAGUGAUUUUAUGAUUUAUGACGUUUUAAAUGACGUGCAAGAGGUACAGAGAGAACUCAAAGCGUGAAAAAUUAUUUGAUUAACUGUUUUCGACGAUCGUACAGUCAAAUUUUGUUAAAUAUUCGGAAAUAAAUUGAUUUUUGUUCAACAAAAUGAAAUAAUCUUUUUGAUUUGACACGCGACGUAUGACGUUUGACGUGUUGUUCGAUUUGACGCAUGAAGUAUGACGUUUAAAGUGAUUUUAUGAUUUAUGACGUUUUAAAUGACGUGCAAGAGGUACAGAGAGAACUCAAAGCGUGAAAAAUUAUUUGAUUAACUGUUUUCGACGAUCGUACAGUCAAAUUUUGUUAAAUAUUCGGAAAUAAAUUGAUUUUUGUUCAACAAAAUGAAAUAAUCUUUUUGAUUUGACACGCGACGUAUGACGUUUGACGUGUUGUUCGAUUUGACGCAUGAAGUAUGACGUUUAAAGUGAUUUUAUGAUUUAUGACGUUUUAAAUGACGUGCAAGAGGUACAGAGAGAACUCAAAGCGUGAAAAAUUAUUUGAUUAACUGUUUUCGACGAUCGUACAGUCAAAUUUUGUUAAAUAUUCGGAAAUAAAUUGAUUUUUGUUCAACAAAAUGAAAUAAUCUUUUUGAUUUGACACGCGACGUAUGACGUUUGACGUGUUGUUCGAUUUGACGCAUGAAGUAUGACGUUUAAAGUGAUUUUAUGAUUUAUGACGUUUUAAAUGACGUGCAAGAGGUACAGAAAGAACUCAAAGCGUGAAAAAUUAUUUGAUUAACUGUUUUCGACGAUCGUACAGUCAAAUUUUGUUAAAUAUUGGGAAAUAAAUUGAUUUUUGUUCAACAAAAUUAAAUAAUCUGUUUGAUUUGACACGCGACGUAUGACGUUUGACGUGUUGUUCGAUUCGACGCAUGACGUAUGACGUUAAAAGUGAUGUUCGAUUUGACACAUGAAUUAUGACAUUUUAAAUGACGUGAAAGAGGUACAGAAAGAACUCAAAGCGUGAAAAAUUAUUUAAUUAACUGUUUUCGACGAUCAUACAGUCAAAUUUUGUUAAAUAUUCGAAAAUAAAUUGAUUUUUGUUCAACAAAAUGAAAUAAUCUGUUUGAUUUGACACGCGACGUAUGACGUUUGACGUGUUGUUCGAUUCGACGCAUGACGUUUAAAGAGAUGUUCGAUUUGACAAAUGAAUUAUGACAUUUCAAAUGAGGUGGAAGAGGUUCAGAAAGAAAAAGUUAUUUACUUACAGUUUUAAAUGAUGAUAUAGUCAAAUUUUGUAAAAAAUAUCAACAAUAAAUUGACGUUUAUUGAAAAAAAAAGGAAAUUAUUUAACGUGGUGUUUAAUUUGAGUCAUGACGUGUGACAUUUAAAGUGAUUUUCGAUUCGAGACAUGACGUAUGACAUUUACGUGACGUGUAUAAAGACAAAAAG